CUUCAUUUUCACUUAUGUAGAGGACACUAAUCUACUUCCAAAAAUCGCUCGUUAAUAGCUGCUACUGUCGAUGCUUCUCAUCUUCUUGUACAGUGAGUUGUACCUAUCCCUUUCUCCACCAAUAUGACGAGCAAUCUCUCUCCAGUUUUCUCUUUUCACACCCCAAUCCUUAAACAUAAACCUCAUAAACUCUUUUACAUAAACCAUUAUGUCAACUCUUUCCCACAAUGCUGCAUCACAACUGCUUGCACAGUUAGAGCUUCCGUUGCUCAAUUUCGGACUUCUGCAACUCUUCGGGAAUUGUGUCAAGAUCACGUGCCUGAACACGUGCUCCACAGGGUGGAAGAAAUCGGAUUCAUUACACCAACAGAGGUCCAGCAACAAGGUCUUCCUGUACUUUUCACGGGUUGUGAUUGUGUACUGCAUGCUCAGACAGGUUCUGGGAAGACGUUGACUUAUCUCCUUCUAGUAUUUUCCAUAAUGAAUACUCAAAGAUCAUCUGUCCAAGCAUUGAUUGUGGUGCCAACAAGGGAACUUGGUAUGCAAGUUACAAAAGUUGCAAGAAUGUUGGCUGCAAAACCCACAGAUUCUGGAACAGAGCAGCAAAAAGCUUGCACAGUCAUGGCCCUUCUAGAUGGAGGAAUGUUGAAAAGACAUAAAACUUGGCUAAAGGCAGAUCCCCCAACCAUAGUGGUGGCUACUAUGGCAAGUUUGUGUCAAAUGCUUGAGAAGCAUGUUAUAGAUCUUGGAGCAAUGAAGGUGCUGGUAAUUGAUGAGGUUGAUUUCAUGUUUAACACCUCCAGACAAGUUAGUUCCCUGCGAAAGUUGCUGACAACAUAUUCAUCAAGCCAUUCCCGUCAAACUAUAUUUGCCAGUGCAUCUAUUCCUCAGCAUAGACACUUUCUGCAAGAUUGUGUGCAGCAGAAAUGGACCAAGAAAAAUGUUGUCCAUGUCCAUGUUAAUCCAGUUGAACCAAUGCCGUCACGAUUGCAUCACAGAUAUAUGAUUUGUCCGAGAAACCAGAGAUUUCAAGCUAUUAUAUCCUUGUUGCAAUUUGAUUUGCCCGAGUCUGCCAUACUUUUUGUCAAUGAACAGUCUGAGAAGUCAAAAAAGACGGGAGAAAUGCCAACAUCUACUGUGCUGGUUGACUUGUUAAAAAGCUCAUGUGAAGAAUUUUCUAAUAUUUCACUUCUAGAGGAAGACCAGAAUUUCAAUUCACGAGCAGCUUCUCUCUUGGCGAUUCGAGAGAAGAGUUGCUAUCUUCUUGUGGCGACAGACCUAGCAGCUAGGGGAGUUGACCUGCCAGAGACAACACAUAUAUACAACUUUGAUUUGCCAAAAACUGCAGUACACUAUCUACAUAGAGCUGGGAGGACAGGAAUAUAUGAUUCAAUUUGCUUAAGAUCAAGCUUUUCCUUCUGCUUUUAACAUUAACAAGGAUAGCUGCACAAAGGGUUGUAUUAUAUGUAAUGAAUCAACCUAGGGAGAGGGGUACUUUUGGUAUUACAAUAAUUAGUUAGAUUUUAGUAGUAGCUUGAAGAAUAAGCUAAGGAGUUAGGGUGUAAAGAUCUCUAUAAAUAGAAUGGAAUAGGGAGAGAGAAAUCAUGUUGAAUAUUAAGUAGUGUUUUGGGUUAACUUUUAAGAGUUUAAUGGGAGAGAACAAGCCUCUCGAAAGCUUGUAAUUAUCAUCUUAUUUAACUGUUUUUUUCCAGAAAACUAUCAAUCAAGUCCAUUUUACUUCUUAAUCUUCUUCUCUAAUCUGUCCUAGUGAUGUCAGUUCAUCACAUUAUAUAGACCUUUGUGGAGAAUGUUUCAAAUUCAGUGGAGUGGUCGAAUUCGUGGAUUGUGAAUAUUUGACUUGGAGAGUCUUUGGUUGGAAGGAGAACAAUUUGGUGUGAAAGUGGAUUCCUCAUUUUCCUUGUUUGGUUGGUAAGGCGUGGAAAAUAGUGAUCGUAAGAAUGGAAAACAUUUUCCUUCAUAUCUUUACCUUCCUUUUUCUUGCAUUCAUCCGUCCGUCCUCUCCCCUUAAUUAUCAGUUUUCCUUCUCUCUAUAGCUUUUCUUGUGAGGAAUCAAACCGCGGAAAAUUAAUUUUAUAUUGUAUGAAAACAUUUUUUUGAAAUAAUGUUUUCCAUCCUACCAAGCAUAGCCUCGGAGAAAGGACUACGUCCCAUUGAUUAUUGCAAAAGAAGUUGCAAAUGAAGUACAUGAAAGAAGUAGAUCUUCAUAACCGACCUUUAAGUGGACGUUAGAGUUGACUCGGGACCGGAUUCCAACUACGCUGUGCUCUAUGAUGCAAUUGUUUAAGAAGCUUCCAUGAGAUAUGAUUGAGUCAAUGACCUAGCGGGGCCAAAGUAUAGUGAACUCAUUGUUAGUUUCUUUAUGGAUUGUGUAAUCAUCACCUUGAGAGCGUAGAUCUGAGUUAUAGAUAAUCAAAGAACCUUGCUAUUAUCGAUCUUGCUUGGAGGCAAAUUUCUUCUUGAUGUGUACAUUGGUUUUUCUGCAUCAUAGAAGCUAAAUUUCGGAGGCUGAAAUGUACAAGUUAAAGAAUUAAAGAGGAUUGAAUAUCACUAAGAAUGCAAAUUUAGUAAUCAAACGUUGAUGUCAAUACUUACAUGUGCAGUUAGGGCGAGAUUUGCCUCAAAGAAGGAUCUGAUAGUUCCAAUAUCUUCCCAAUAAUCAUUGAAGAGGUAAGCCUGCAUGAGUUUUUAACUAGGAACAUAAAAGCUGUAUCCGAGAAAUUAGAUUUUAACAUUCCUAAACUGUUUUAGACUAUUUAUUAAACACUAUGUUACUUAAACUUGGGCACUCAUGUCAGACUCAGGUACGUUUUAAGUGCUACUCGACUAUAUUUAUGAAGAAUUUUCAUGAUUAUGGCCUGAAAUAGAGUGUUGAAGUACUCAUACUCAUGUUGGAGUGUCUGGGAUUCGAUAUAAAUACUUGAGUUGUACUUAAGACUUCGAGUAACACAAGUCAAAUUUCAUAUUGGUGCUUCCUUAGGUUUUCUAUAGGUUGCUAUCAUACCUUGAUGCAGAAUUCUUUAGCAGAUGCUGGGAUAAUUUCUGAUCCAAAGUCAUUUGCAGUCGGGAAUCGCCAUCUGAUUCAUAAAAGAAAGCCGUAUAGUUUUAACUUCACCCAUUUGGCUGAUCCAAACUUGCUAAUUAAAGCAUAUGGAAGCGUGCAAAGCAAGUGGAACUGGUAGUUUUACCUCAACAGGUUUAGUAAUAUUUCUUUCUUAAAUAUGUAGACACCCAUAGAUGCGAUAUAGGGUUUCGUCUGAGCUUCUUCUUCUGACAGUCCUAAAACUGUUGUGUCAACUGCCUGAUGCAUGUAUAGCAUAAUUUUUACACAUUAUUCCUAUUUGUUUCACCUUAAAUUGGGAAUGUAGUUCUAUAAUUUGAGUUUGAAUUGCUACCAUAGCCUUCAAAUCAUCUCCUUUAGGCUUCUCGCUGAAUGACAAUACUCUCCCCGUGUCAUCUAUUUUCAUCAGACCAAAAUCUGAGGCACGACUACAUAGAAACAUAGGAUCAGCUACAUGUAAUUGACUAUUAGCAAAAGUAGGUAUGCUUUCCACUUUAGUUGUCGGACUGUGCAUGUUAAAAUUAGCAGUGCAUAUCCAAACCAUUGAGGAAAUUAUUCUCAACAUAAUAAGUUUCAGAUCAUAGGCUAAGAUACCUAUCGUCCAUUGGCAGGCAAGAAAUACUGAUAUCAGCUCCACUUUGGCGAUGACUCUGUAAUUGAAGCAAACAUUUAUGAUAUCCGCAUACAUAUUGCAUAUAUAGCUUGUAAAUGUACCAGUAGGUUUUUUAGAGAGCCGCAAUUAAGGUAAUAUUUGUCUUGGAGAAAUGAGAGAAGCAGAAGUGGAAGGAUAGUAGAGCAGAGAAAUGCUUGCCUGGAGGAAGUCCAUGUAAUCCAUUCUGUAUAAGUGGUCUCCAGACAGAAUCAUGACAUCCUCAAUUUCCUUACUUCUUUGAUCCUGUUACAUAUGUGGAAUAAAUAUGCUGUCUUUGCAGUUAAGUCUCUUAUGGUUCAUUUGGUAGAAGUUAAUAAACAGAGAUAAUGUCAAUGAAUUCAUCUUUUUGAGAAAAAUCAACGCCAAUGUUUACGGUUAUAAAGCUCCAUUGUUAAGCAUGUGCUUUAUAUAUUCUUAUUUUAUA